GCCCGCUCCCUGAUGGCUCCCGGUCUAAAUAAUCCUGCCGAUCAAUACAAACUUUCAUCAUUACCAACGGAUGGUAUUACCUCAGUACAGUUUCAGCCAGGGAAAGCGACACCUCAGUUCUUGGCCGCUUCCAGCUGGGACUGCACAGUUCGUGUGUACGAUGUGGCCUCUGGUAAUCAGCGUAUGAUGCACCAGCACACAACUCCUGUGCUCGACUCCGUCUUUUAUGACACAGUUCACGUCUUGAGUGGAUCUCUCGCAGGCGACUUGCGGUCUUUUGAUUGCAACACAAAUCAAGCUCAGGUCCUAGGUUCAUGCGGUCGCGCUAUCAGCUGUAUGCAAUACAAUAGCACGAUACUGGCGUGCAUCACUGGCAGCUGGGACUGCACAGUCCGUCUUUGGGAUCCUCGUGCCACACCGUCGGAUGUUGGCUCCAAGGGCGCGGAUGGCAAAGGUGGAGCUGUCAGUGUGCACCGUCAACCAAAUACCGUGUACACAUUGGACAGCAUACGCCACAAUCUCGUGGUCGGCACCGCUGGGCGCCAUGUGCUGAUUUGGGACCUACGGCAAAUGCACGCACCCGUGGAACAACGAGAAUCGAGCCUUCGCUAUCAAACCCGGUGCAUCCGUUGCUUCCCAAAUGGGCAAGGUUACAUUUUGGGCUCCAUCGAAGGUCGAAUUGCUGUCGAAAUGUUUGACCCCAGCCCGGAAGUACAAAAGAAGAAGUACGCUUUCAAGUGUCAUCGAGUUAAAGAGGAAGACAAAGAGAUCAUCUAUCCUGUCACAGCGAUUGCUUUCCAUCAAGGGUACAACACUUUCGCAACCGGUGGAUGUGACGGAAUCGUCAACAUAUGGGAUGGGUUUAAUCGGAAGCGUUUGGCGCAAUUGCCCAAAUACCCCACCAGUAUCUCAGGUUUAGCGUUUUCUGAGGAUGGACACUUGCUCGCUAUUGCCUCAUCUUACAUGUACGAACGAGGGAAGAUUGAGAAUGAGCCCGAUCCCAAUAUCUACAUACGUAGCGUGUCUGAAAACGAAGUCAAACCAAAACAUUUGACCGCAGCCUCCACGGGUCCCACCGCUAACUCCGGCUUCAAAGCUUGACGGCAUUUAUUGUUUUUUAACGUAUUACGAAUUACUUGUAUAAACCCUCACGUCUUUUGUCUCGCUUA